CUCCAUCCAUAAAGGAAGUGCAAACUGCAGUUGCCUGUGACGCACACGUCUGAUCACUAUAACCUCACAGAGACGGUAAGAAUCAAUAUAUGUGUGACAGAGAGGAGUCACUGUUUGUUGGUGUGAUAGAAGCUGUGCAGGAGUUAAGAAGCCAACAUGUCUGACAAGAAGGCAGUGAUAAAGAAUGCAGACAUGUCUGAUGAAAUGCAGCAGGAUGCUGUGGACUGUGCCAUGCAGGCCAUGGAAAAGUACAACAUUGAGAAGGAUAUUGCUGCUUAUGUCAAAAAGGAGUUUGACAAGAAGUACAACCCCACCUGGCAUUGCAUCGUCGGGAGGAACUUUGGUAGCUAUGUGACGCACGAGACGAAGCAUUUCAUCUACUUCUACCUGGGCCAAGUGGCUAUUCUACUCUUCAAGUCGGGCUGAAAUCCCAACGUGCCCUCUGAAAACUACUUUUAAAUUCAGCCUUUAAUUCUUCUGUGCCAUGCUGUACAUUUGCUACCAACUUUCUGCAGACAUGCCCACCUCAUGGUUCCCUACUUUCUGCAGUCUGUUAUUGUUUACCACCUACUAUGUUACCACUGUCGCUGGAUGGUGCUUUAGUCCUGCCUGAACUGGUGGCGUGCUGUUCCUAAAAAAUGUUAAACUAAGAACGCCAGAAUCCAGGCAGCAUUUGCGCGUCCGACAGACUUGACCAUGAAUCAUAAUUUUUGGAUAUAAUUUCUGCUGUGCAUUGAUGCACAGACCUUGUACAUUAUUUCAUAUGAAUAUGUUGUAUAAUAACUUAUUUUUCAAGACAUUAAAAUGAGCAACAGAGUUUUUGUUUAUGCCUUUUUAAUUUUCAGUGUCAACACAGAUUGAAUUAAAGAAGGAAAAAAAAAUGCAGUUACUGUUGCUCACACUUAAUAAAGAAGACUGUAUGCUAAGAGAUUGAAGGCUUUUGUACAUGUUUGAACAUUCCUGUUUCCACUUCUGCUCCGAGUAUUUGCAAUGUUGCUGCUUUGUAUCGCUGGACUGUAAUUUAGUGUACACUUGGGUGUUGUGAUAUUUUCAACAUGUUGAGCACAAAACAUUUGAGACAGUAAAUUGGUUCGACUA